AUGUCCAGACUCCAGAUGCUGAGGCUGGUGGUCCAGCAGCGCCUGAGCGCGGCUGCGGAGGGGAUCUUCAGCGUGUUUGAGAAGACCGUGGAGGACUACGAGGAGGAGCUAGAACGCCAGCGCAGAGCCGCAGCUCGCCAACACGGGCUGCUGGCAGACGGGAAGGACGCGAGCAGCGCCGCAGAUCCUCUACAGCUAUUUGACUGUAAAGAGGAGGUUCCCAGUGAGGAACAGGAGUGGAGCCACAGUCUAGUCUUGGAGGAGCCAGAGCCCCCACACAUUAAAGAGGAAGAGAAGGAAAUCUGGAGCAGUCAGGAGGAAGAGCAGCUUCAAGGACUGGAGGUGUUGACAUUCACUCCCGUCACUGUUAAGAGUGAAACUGGUGAGGUGAAAGUUCAGUCCUCACAUUUUCAUCAAAGUCAAACUAAGGAGAACAGAAGGGCAGAGCCUUCAGAUAGCACCUCAACUGAUCAGAUCAAAACAGAACCUGAUGAAGAGGACUGUGGACUAUCAGAACCAGCCAGCAACUUGGAUCCAGCUGCUAACUUACCACCAAAUAGCGACGGAGAGCCCCUCCCCUCAGAUGGUUGUGAAAGUGAGACUGAUGACAGUAGUGAUGGUUUGAACAAGACUAGAAAAACUCAGUCAGGAUUGGACACAACAAAGAAUGACAUAAGUCACAAGAGAUUUACUAAGAGGAAACCCUUCAGUUGUUCAGUGUGCGGUAAAGGGUUUUCUCAAAGCGGAUGUAUACGGACACACAUGAGAAUACAUACGGGAGAAAAACCAUUUGGUUGCUCAGUGUGCGGUAAAGUUUUUUCAAGAAAAGAUGUUACGGAGAGACAUAUGAGAAUCCAUACAGGAGAGAAGCCAUUUAGUUGCUCAGUCUGUGGUAAAGGUUUUUCAAGUAGAGAAGAUAGACAGAAACACACAAACAUCCAUACAGGAGAAAAGCCGUUUAGUUGCUUAGUCUGUGGUAAAGGGUUUUCUCAAAGAGGACACAUGAAGACACACAUGAGAAGACACACGGGAGAGAAACCCUUUAGUUGCUCAGCCUGUGCUAAAUGUUUUUCAAGAAGAGAAGAUAGAGAGAGACACAUGAAAAUUCAUACAGGAGAGAAGCCGUUUAGCUGCUCCGUCUGUGGUAAAGGGUUUUCUCAAAGAGAGCAUUUGAAGACACACAUGAGAAUACAUACAGGAGAGAAACCCUUGAAUUGCUCAGUCUGUGGUAAAGGGUUUACCCAUAAGUACAGUCACAGCAAACACAUGACGUUUCAUAGAUAACAUAAGUUAGCUCAUCUUGUGAAAAAACGUACUUUGUCCACACGCCAGGAUUAAUCUAUGUCCAACGGACUGACCUGAUGAUCACGCUAGAGUUCUGAGGUGGAUGUUGCAUCCCGCAUCGUUGGAGAAAAGAACGUUUUUGUUAACAGAGAAGCCUGCCACGAAUUUGUUCAGUUUAACGGAGUUUCUGUGCUUAACACCAGACUUUUUUAGAUGCCAAUGAGAGUGGUUAAGGCAGCAUUAUUUACCAAAGUAAAUCUAAGGUACUGUAUUCACACUAAAUCAACCGAACCUGCUUGACUCAAAUGCAGUACAAAGGAACCAUUUAGCUCCAAAUUAAUGUUGCUGUUCCCUGGAAUCUUGUUUCAUUCCCAGGAAUCUUGUUUCAUUCCCAGGAAUCUUGUUUCAUUAACAGGUUGCCAGCAUGUUUUUCCCUAGUUUGCUUUGUGGAUAAAAUCUGAAAUUACUGUUUUAUGCUGGCCAUGAAAUGUAGAAGCCAUGCUUCUUUAUAUCCACAGUGACUUUCAACGUAGAGGGGAAAAAAACAUGAAACUGCUGUUUUGCCAAGAGAAACUGCGUUAAGAAAACGUGUUCUCAACUCAAAAAGAUUGUUGUUGGAA